AUGUGGCCAUCUCCUACUGACAAGAUCGCCGUCCAUGGGACAUGUGCGAAAGAGGAAGCUGAAACAGAGUGGGUGGUCCUGGCAGCCAUCACCAUCCUCUUUCUCCUGGCAAGCCUGGCCUUGUGGAAGCCCCGUGUGCUGGGUCUCCUGCAGCAGCACUCUUCCCAGGAGCACCAGGAGGAGGUGGUUGGAGAGGGAGAAGGUGGCCACCCAGAGCAGGAUGUGAUCUUCAUUGUAGUUGACCUCCUGUUUCUCUUCUGUUACCUUAGCAGCAUGUACCUCCUGACAAUCAGUGUGGAGCAAUGUCUCUCUGUCCUCUUCCCAAUCUGGUACCGAUGCCACCACCACUGCUGCUCGCCGAGGCGUCCCCCAGGGAGGCUGUACGUAGCAGUUCUCACCAGCCUCUUCUUCAUCUUUGCUGUUCCUUUAACUGUCGAGCAAGUUUUGGAAAGCUUAUUUAUUGAGCAUGAUGAACUUAGUUCAUCAUUCCUGGUGGUGGCUGCAAAAAGGAGCAUUAACCCAUUAAUUGGCUUCCUAGUGGGGAGCUACCGGCAGCCCCGGUUCUGGGGCCUG